AUGAGUGAAGCAUGCCGGCAUGAGUAUAUUCGCAGCCGGAAGUUGCUGCAGAGUUCAUUUCCACCGAACAUCUUUCAAACAUCCCAUAUAUCCGCCUCCGAGCAUGCCUUCGUGUGCGCCGUUUUCUGCGCCUAUUCUGAUCAUCAUCACUUGACGAUACGGCCUGAAGAUGUGUGGUUCUCUAUUCUGACGCAACUUGGUUUCUUUGUCAAUCGACACGCAGAGGAACUGCGAUCUUUUUUUGUGACCCAUGAGGGGCAAAGAGAGAUUGAAGUUAUCGAUGCGGGUGACUUUGGUGACUUUGGUGCCUUGGCCUUGCUGAUGACUCGGAUGAUGGAGAAGAAUUUGGUGGAUGAGGAAUUGCGGACCUGGGUCAUGCCAGAAUUUACCACCACAACCGAAUCCGACCGUGUUGUCGCAGCUGUUUUGAUGAUGGGUUCCGUACAGAAGUACUUCACGUACAGAGUGAGGACCUCGUGUGGAAUUCCAUCUGUCACUUUGCUAGGCGAACGAAAGGAUUGGAUACUUCUUUUGGAGAAGCUUGAGAAAAUCUAUCAGCUAGGGGACGAACCUGCGCGAUUUGCCCAGCUUCUCCGGCCAGUUCUUAAUCAUUUUGUCGCUUCUUUUGACAAUCCAAACUCACCCGAAGUACUGAAUUUCUGGAGCGGAAGUUGCCAUGAGCGCCACUUCGGCAGUGGAACAGCCUACUUGGGCGGCUGGAUCUCAGUCUUCUGUUUUUGGGAUGCAGAUGGAAAGUUGUUGCACCAAGAAACGAUGCAUCCCAAUCACUCGCGGGAUUUCGAGGCCCGUAACACUGAUCUGGGCUUGGAUGACGCUGUGUCACGCCGUGUCAACAUGGAUGAUAUUCCAACUGGCUUCUCCGCUGUUCCAGUCACUGUGGAAGAAAAUGGGCAUCAAUAUGACACUAUGGUAGUAGCUGGGCUAGUAGGCAUCCAAGCUACAUCAAGUGAAGUUGCUUCGAUUCCUUCAAUACAUGAGAACAAUGGGGAUUCAUCAGGGGAAUUUCGUCUUGAUUCUAUCCAACCGUUGUCAGGAUGGUGGAUGUGUGAAACAGAGCGUCAGGAGACUGUCGAACAGCUCAGCAGUGAGAUUCAGAAUGUUGAGGAUGACAUACCGAGGAAUGUCGUGUCGAAUGUCCAAGCAGAUUUUGGAAUGGAAGCGGUCAACAGGCCUGACGAACUCACAGCUUUCUGA